UAGAGCUCCGCUGCACAGCGAAGAAGCACGAACAGACAAUCUCGGAGAAAUAAAGCAAUCUCCAGACUAUGUUGAGAAAAUACAUUUGGAUCUUGGGAUGUUGUAUGGACUCGUAAUCAAAGGAAAUUCUUCUCUUUUUCCACAUCUAUGUAGGCUUUCUGUGACUGUCUCAUAGCCUAUUCGCUUCAUUUGCGACAAAAGAAACGUGCAAUUUUUUUUGUUUUUAAAUACACGCAACGACGGCAAAGACAGCAACCUGGAUUACUUUUGUGAAACAGGAAUGGUUUAUCCUCCCGACGGUUUAUUCUACAUCGAAAUGGACCAAGCACCACCAGCUCUUCCUCCCAGGUCAACAAAGCCAGCGUCCACCACCAUGAACAACAACUGCCUUUCCCCACCUAUGUACUCACUUCAGGACGCUGAAUGGUAUUGGGGUGACAUAACAAGGGAUGAAGUAAACGAGAAGCUCCGGGACACACCUGAUGGCUCCUUUCUGGUGCGUGACGCGUCUACAAAACUGCAAGGGGACUUUACGCUCACAUUAAGGAAAGACGGACACAACAAACUGAUAAAAAUUUACCACCGUGAUGGGAAGUACGGCUUCUCAGACCCUCUUACGUUCACGUCAGUAGUGGAGCUUAUCUGGUAUUACCAGCAUCAUCCGUUAGUGGAGUACAAUGCAACCCUGGACCUGAUGUUAACACAUCCAGUGUCUCGCUCGCAGCAGGUGAAUGAAGACAGCGUCGAUGUUGCCGGUAGAAAGCUCAAGGAGGUUCACUGUCAGUAUCAAGAGAAGUCAAAGGAGUUUGAUCGCCUUUACGAAACAUUCACAAAGACCUCACAGGAGAUCCAGAUGAAGAGAACAGCAAUCGAGGCGUUCAAUGAGACAAUGCUGAUUUUUGAGGAGCAGUGUCGUGAACAGGAACGCUACGGCGAGGAGUUUGAGAGGAACAAUCAGUCUGAAGUAGCCGACAAAGAUCUAGAGAGCUUUCUGAUAAAUUAUGAGAAACUGAAGUGCCGUCUUGGAGAGAUCUACGACAGCAAAAUCCACCUAGAGGAAGACUUGAGAACGCAGGUGGAAGACUACAGGGAGACAGACAGAAAGAUAAACAGCUUGAGGCCUGACCUCAUCCAGCUACGCAACAUCAGAGACCAGUACCUCAACUGGCUCAAUCACAAAGGUGUACGACAGAAACGUAUAAAUGACUGGCUGGGAACACAGAACGACAGCCUUGAUGACACAUAUGUGUUAAAGGGAGAUGAGAAGAAUUUGCCGCAUCAGGAGGAGACGAGUUGGUUUGUUGGUGAGUUGAGCCGGACGCAGGCGGAGGAGAUGCUCCAAGGAAAAGCUCAGGGAACGUUCCUGAUCCGAGAGAGCAGCAAACAGGGAUGUUACGCCUGCUCUGUAGUUGUGAAUGAAGAAGUGAAGCAUUGUAUGAUCUACAGCACACCGCAUGGAUACGGCUUCGCUGAGCCCUACGACGUCCACUGCUCACUGAAAGACCUUGUCCUGCACUAUCGCCUGCACUCAUUAGCGCAACACAAUGACGCCCUGGAUGUUCGGCUGUCGCAUCCAGUACACGCCAAAGCUGCAGCCACGCCUUCACAACACGCAGAGGAACACAAACUCUUACAGACUCCAAAACACACAGCAGGGCUGCCGCCUGCUGCUCCAGAAAUGUAAUCAAAUGGAGAGAGACACGUUGUUUACUGUAUCCUGCGAGAAUGACUGCAUCGAGGUGCAUCAUGUAAAGUUUUGCACUAAAAUGAUUCCAUCGGUUUUUGUGAAUGGGAUUUCACAGAUUGAAGUGGGACCGGAACUUGAAUGUCAGCUUGAACUUUUUUUUGAUGAGUUUUAAAAGAGACUGUUUAAGCUUUUUUUGUACUUCAUUCAAUGCCAUUUGUUCAAUGGACACAUUUUGGUAGGGAUGUUGACAACCAGUUAAUUGCUCACUGACAUCAGGUGCUGCACCUUAAUUUGACUUCUACAACCAGAGUUGAUGUUACUAGAGAUGUCCCUUACCCUUGUUAGCAUUUAUUUACUGAUAACAAAAUUUGACCAAUUGGUGAGAAUAUGUUUGCUAAGAUGGAGUUAUAUUUCUACCUCAUUCCCAGAGCGCUCGUUUUACAUUUUGAGCUCAGAAACAUGGUCACAAAAGAAAAGUUGGUUCUAGCAGAGCAGGUUUUUAUCACGUGAAAUGCUAACAUUUCAAAAAUGUUCACUUAUUUGCUUUGCUUCAAAGAGUGAAUAACAAAAAAAAAAAAAGAUCCUAAUCAUGGCAAUUUUGUCAGACAGAGGGUGCUAAAUCAACUUUAUAAGAUUGCAUUAAAGUUGAUUAUAGCUAUCAAUCAAAUUAGCUUGCAAUACAAAUACUAGCCUUAACUCCAGAUUCUUUUAGCCACUUCUUAGACUCAAGUGUGCGUCUGAGCUGAAAAAAUUUUAGGGCACAUUUAAAAAAAAAAAUUAAUCAAUUAUCUGUGAAACUUAUACCCUUACCUGAGAAGCUAGGGCUCAACAAAGGCAAGCUACCUUCUGUAACUGGCAACACUGAAGUUGGCUUACAAAAAAUAACGACAGGCAGGAUUUUAAAAAGAGUUUGGAAAAGAAGUGUAAAACCAGUUUUCUGUAAACUGUCUGGUGCUGAGGAGUUUUCCCCCAUUCUUUAAGGGCUGCCCUGCUCCCCUAGUAACAGAUAACAACACCAGCAGUCAGACUGGCGACAAAGCAGCCAAUCAGAAAUCGCUUACUCUAGUUUUUUGAUUGGCUGGUAUUUUGACACACUACAACACUCAGUCAAGCAGGAUGAGAAUCCAAAGAAGAUAAUUUAAGGGGUAAAAAUAGAGGUAAAACAAGUGAAGUGGGAGGUUGAUUAUUUGCUCUUAAUGCACAGAGUUGCUAUAAUAUAUUUGGUAGAAUUUUGAAAAGAUGUUGAUCACUCAUGUAAUAGUGUUAUUACCAGGAUUAUGGUAUUGCUAUGAAAAUGCUUCCCAAAAAAAAAAAAAACAUUUUGCUUGAAAUGA